ACUCAAUGAGUGAGUGAGUAGAGAGUGUGAUACAAACUCGGUUCAAUCUUUAGAUCAAGUUGAGUUUUUUUUAUUCUUUUUAUUUUUUAAGCUUUAAAAGCAGUCUUUGACUGGAAGAAAAAACGUAGUGGGGAAGCAGAGGGAGAGGACACCCAGAUCUGAAAGCUCUUUCUCUGUCUCUCUUUUGAGUGUUUCUUCUCUUCCUUUCUAUCCCUAAGCACUCAACAAAAGUCUUAUCAGUUUAUUCAGUGAGAGUGAUAUAUAUAGAUAAAUAGAUAGAUAAAGAGUAGAUAUAGAUACAUACAUACAUUAAACAUAUACCUUGAAAACUCAACUCUCCCUCAAACUCAGUAUCAUUAUAUGAUCUGAUCAUUUUUCCAAAAUGCCACGCCCUUUUUUCCAUAAGCUUAUUCUCUCCUCUACCCUUCUAGACAAGAAACUGAGGAUCCCUGAUAACUUUGUUCAGAAGUUCAGGGAUGAACUUUCUAUUGCUGCUGCUCUCACUGUUCCUGAUGGUCAUGUUUGGCGUGUAGGAAUAAAGAAAGCUGACAACAAGGUUUGGUUUCAGGAGGGUUGGCAGGAAUUUGUGGAACGCUACUAUAUCCGUGUUUGCUACUUUUUGGUUUUCAGAUAUGAAGGAAAUUCCGCUUUCAGUGUUAGUAUAUUUAAUUUGUAUAACUCUGAAAUAAACUAUCAUUCUAAUGCUUUCGGUGGUACUCAAUACAAUCAUGGAAAACAAUAUCCAUUUGAAGAACUUGAAGAUGAUGAAUGCAUCUCUCCAGCACUGCAGAAUUUAUUUGGUGGGUCCAAAGUUAAAAACUGCAUAAACUGGAAUCGUGAAGUCAACCUUCACACAGCAAAGGUGGUGAAUAAUCAACCUAUUCGAGUGAAAUUGCAUUCUUCAGGUGCAGAGAUGCCAAAACCAAAAAAGCCUGGGGGGAAAAAGCGGAAGUGUAACCCUAAUGAGCAGGAUUCAUCUGUUGGACAUGAAGAUGAUGUGGAAAUGCACUUUAGUUUUUAUGAAAGUGCUUCAGCCAGAAAGAGAACUGUGACAACUGAAGAAAGAGAAAGGGCAAUUAAUGCAGCCAAAGCAUUUGAGCCGACUAACCCUUUCUGCAGGGUUGUCUUGCGACCAUCAUAUCUAUACAGGGGAUGUAUUAUGUACUUACCAUCCUGCUUUGCUGAGAAACAUCUAAGUGGGGUUUCAGGAUCGAUUAAGCUUCAGCUUCCUGAUGGAAAACAGUGGCCUGUGCGAUGUCUUUAUAGAAGAGGCAGAGCUAAGUUCAGUCAGGGAUGGUAUGAAUUUACAUUGGAGAAUAAUUUGGGGGAAGGAGAUGUCUGUGUCUUUGAGCUGCUCAGAUCAAGGGAAUUUGUGCUCAAAGUAACUGUAUUUCGUGUAAUGGAAAGCACAGGACUAAUGCGCCAGUCUAUUGAUUGAAACUUGUUCUACAAAAAUGCCAGCUGAGUUAAACCAGCUAGAGUAUAGUGGCUGGUAAUUUCAGGAAUGUCAAACUCCGUUAAGUAACUCAUUAUUUUCUGAUGACACGUAUCUUGUCUGGGUCCUUCGUAAGAAAUUUUUACUGCUGUGCCAUUUUGAUGUCCAUAAGCUUUAAUGGUACUUUUAGUUGCUUAGGAGAGUGGAUACAAAAAUUUUAUGGCUUUGACUAGGUCUGUAAAUAGAUUGUCCAAUGAAGUCGACGUUGAAUUGGAUUUGGAAAAUGGAUCUUAGACUUGGUUAUGGUCCUAUUUGAUUGGUUUGAAUUUUUCGUUCACCGCUUGGCUUGAAUUCCUCUUGCUGCUUUCAUGCUGUAGUCUUAUAUAUUGCCCCUUGUUUUUCUCAUAAUAGCGAUAGUUGUCAUUGAUAUGCGUUUGCAUGUUAAAAGAUGUUUACCAUACACAAUGAGAGCA